AUGAAGCCGAAGAAGCUUCCAAUUAUCCUCCUCUUGCUGACAUUUGAAAGAGCCCAAGCUUCAUUGCCAUAUAGCAUACCCAACUUAGGCAAGCAUAUCACAUCAGUUUGGGCGCAAAUUGCUUACUGUUAUGCAAAGAUCGCCGCUCCAGCAGCUGGCAAUGAGUCCCAGGUCCUCUUUCCCGCCCUCUCCGCUGUCGAUGUGACCAUCGAUGGCAAGACCUACCAUCUACCGCAGUCAGACGAACGACCUGUGGAGAUCAUGCUACAAGAUGGAUCACUCGCCCAGCUCUUGGCCACUCAAGUCGUGAUGCGGGGCCAGACUCUGCCCAUACCCAGCGAUCUCUCAAAGCCUAUUACUGUGGGUGGCCAGACUAUCCAAGCCCAGCCUGGACAAUCCACGACACCCGACACAAGCAGUCCUGAUGGUAGCGAUAACGGAGGAGGUGGAUUGUUUGGAUUCUUGGGAAAAGUGGGCGGUGCCGCUGGCUCAGUAGCAAAAGACAUCGGCAAUGCAGCAUCAGGUGCUGCCAGCUUCGCCUCAGGCGCGGCGGGUGGCGCUGAAGUAGCUGCUGCCAGUCUUUCAGGAACAUUCUCCGGGGCAGCGAACAGUGCAAAUGGCGUCGUCUCUUCUCUCAACGGCAUUCAGCAAUCGUUCCCAGCUGAUGGCCUCAGCAAAUCUGGCAUGGAAGUCUUCAACAAAGCGCAGAAUGCAGGACGCAGCUCGGCCAACUGGAUGCAGUCACUGGGCACCAUGCUCCAAGGCUUCGACAGUCUCAAGCCCGAAGUUCAGCAAAAAGUUCGGAGCAACAUGGCGGACUACUCUAAGCCAGGAGGACAAUUGGCGCAGGCGGCUAGUGCAUUGAAAGCGCUUGAAGACUUUCCGUGGGAGCAGGAAGCGCCAAGGACGGAAGCACCGAAGACAGACUUGCCGUCAGCGACUGCCACUCCGAAGGCCAGUGAAAGUGCUCGGCCUCUGGAAUACUCCAUCAUCACAAAAGUCGGAACACCCAAAGAUGUGUUCGAAAGGUUUGUGCAUGAGCUAGACAACGGCGUUGGACAUUCGAUCUACACCCCAUACAGCCAAAUUUACAAGACGCUUCUUAAUCAAACCGAGGCAGAAGAUCUGAAGGCCAAGUACGACUUCCUCGUGGUUGUCUACAACGAUGCGUCUGUAACCGACCAGGCUGAUGUGGGACAUGGUACUAAGAUGGCUACAAUCGCUGGUGGAAAGCUUGACGGCAUUUCCCCCAACGCGAAUCUGUAUCUGGUGAAAAUUAUGGGCCAAUGGAACGCUGGAACCAGUUCAACAGCGCAAGAAAAACCUGGAAGAAUACAACCCGCGGCUCUGAGGGUCGCCUUUGACGAAGUUAGACGCCAUGUCGAAGCCAGACGCAGUGUUGACCCAAACACCAAGUCGGUAAUCAACAUGUCAUGGGGUGUACAAUUGCUUAUAAACGACCAGACCAAAAAGCCAUUUGGAGCAGGCGCUGAGAUUGAAGCGCUGUUCCCAGACUUUCAAGGAUGGUGCGAAAGCCUUAAGAUUCCCAUGGUUUUGGCUGCUGGAAACGACCCUACCAGAUACUUGCACGAACAGGUACCCCAAAAGUUCGGAACCCCAGACAACGGAAUCAUCACCAUCGGGGGCGUCGAGCCUGAUGGCACUUACUACGAAAAUACAACGCCAAAGCAUGCUGGUGAUGCUGGCUCUAUGUCUGCCUACGCCCCAGCAAGGGAUGUCAGAGUGCCUUCCGAUGGUAUCGAUUACCACACAGGUACAAGUCAAGCAGCUGCUAUUACGUCUGGCAUGAUAGCGUAUCUCUUUGCCGCCCCAGGCGUCGGAAUGAUUACCCAUCCUGAUAUUCCGAAGCCUGACGAACACAUGAAGAAAUUUGUCGUUGGUCAUGCAUGGUCAAGAGUUUCGUUGGACAGACGGGGAGGGGUACUGGACUUGAACGUUAUCUACAAUCUUGCCAGAGGCGACACCCAACAUCAGGACAAUCCAAUCGGUAUCAGCCUGUUCAAGUUCUCGAAGCGCCACCAGCUCUGUGAGGAUGGCCACAUCCUCCAUAUCGACGAGCUUCUCCAUGGCCAUGACUUCGUCCACAACGCCGUCUUCAUCCGCACCACUGUCUUCGCCAUCAACAUCUUCUUCCUCACAAAGUCCAUCUCCAUUGGCGCCCAAUCCGCCAUCCCCGUCGCCCGCUCCUCCACCAUCUACGCCAGCUCCUAUGCCAGCACAGAGUCGUUCUCGGGUAAGCGACGCUCCGUGCGUAAGAAGAUGGACCAGUUUGGAGGGUGUAUGCGAUGA